AUGCAGGUGGACGGCUCGCUGAUCCCGCUGCCGUUCAACUCCAAGUACAAAACAGGCCAGACGGUCUCGGAGCUCUGGACGCUUCCGGCCGACGAUUGCAAGGUGUUGUCGAUUAGCGGCAACCUGUACGCCCUGUACGAUGACGAUGCUGCUCUGGCAGUGUCUCUGUACAACACAAGCUCGCACGGCUGGGACCGGCUCGAUUUCGACGAGUCCUUGGACUAUCUGACCGGCAGUGCGUACAUGGCGACUCCGGACGACCCCAACGCGAUCUACGUGUUUGGCGGACUCAACAAGACCAGCAACGCUCUUUCGGACCAGCUGGUGCGGGUGGACCUGGACUCGCUAACAAUUGCCACGGCAGCCAGCUCGUUGCAACCAUCGAGCUUCUACAACGCCGCGUCCGUGCUGAUCAACCACAACACCAUGGUUCUCGUCGGGGGCCAGACCCAGGAAGGCUGGGUCAGCCUGAAACAGCUUGCUGUUUGGCAGUACGAGUCCUGGAGUUUCAAGGCUGUGUCGGUGGACGAGGCAGAUACCAUCAACGCCCGAAUCGACGCCCUGUUGCUCCCGGUGUUCUCCAGCGACAUGAUUACCCAGGAAUACCUCUCGAGCAACUACACGGACUUUUCCGUGGAGUCUGUGCUGAUGGUGGGGGGCGAGUCGAGCUCCGGGUCAAAUAGCACGCCCAACUUUGCGCGGCUCGACGUUACGUCGUCGACCUGGGCCUGGACGUCGCUCGACACCAGCGUGAGUCUGGCUAACUCGAAAACCAACAACCAGAACGACUCGCAGCUGAGUCUAUCGUCGGUAGCGGGCGCCGCAGUGGUGUACGACACGCUGAUCGUGGCAUCUGCGCUGGACGGAGCUGCAAACUACACCCUUACACUGUAUAACACAAGCUCGUUCGAGGUGCUGAACGAGGUGGACUACUCGGCGAUCGCCAAGAAGUCGUCGUCCAAGUCCAACAAGAGCCUCAUCAUCGCGCUGUCGGUGGUGAUCCCCACGCUCGCGCUCAUGGUGCUCGGACUGGUUGCUAUCUUUGUCUACAAGAAAUUCCGGUCACGUGAGGACGAAAAACAGAAGGAGAAAGACUUGAAGGACAUUAUGGAGUUCUACCAAGCAGGCAACUCGUCGUCGACCACGUUCGCGUCGCACGGCGGCAGCCCGGAAAUCAAAGAGUCGUAUUUCGGCGACAACGUCAAGGUCAACAACUACGACGACGGCGAUAACUUGUCCAUCAGCUCGUGGAAACGCAAACGGUGGCAGCUCGAGUCGGACAUGGUCCACCAGAUCGACACCGACGCCAUUCCGCCGGUCUCCGCGCUCAAACGCUCGCUCUCAACGCUGUCCACGACGCUGGGCCGCUCGCUCAAACGCAACUUCUCAUACCAGUCCAGCAUCCAGUCGUUCUUCACAGCAGAGACCUCGUUCGAGGACCCGCAGCCACCGUCGCCAAUGGCCAACAUCCCCGUCCUGAAACCGGUCGAGGCGUCCAACUCGACCCUCAACCUCAUCCCGGAAGAGGCGUCGCUCAACUCGUUCUAUCAAAAACGCGCCGACGCCCACUCCAUGCUCUCAAACUCAACGGUCUGCGAACCAAGCGACCACUCGGCCUCGCCGCCUCCGUCUCCACCUCCAGCAGCACGCACAACCUCCCUUGUGUUCCACAACAGACUGCCAAUCUACUCAACGCCCGUGCGGUCCAAGGACUUCCUGCCUCCUCCAGAAUCGGACCUCGACAAUCUCGACGUGCAGAUCCUGGUCAGCUCCAAACGUCGCUCAAAGCUCAGAAUCACAAACCCGGACCCAGACGGCCCAAGAAAACGCACAGUCAGCAACGAGAAAGAGGAGGAGCAGUAA